AUGGCCAGCGGACUCUCUGGCCAACCUUACGAUGACGACCAUGCAGUGUUGGAUGACGAUUUCCUCAACGAUGAGGUCGAACCUGAUGAGCCUUCCUCGUACAAUCAAUCCGACCGCGCUCCGUUGACAGGCAACAUUCAAUCAUCAUCCUCAAGCGCGCCUAUCAACCAAAGCUAUUUAACUUCCCGGAUUCCAGGGGAAGACAGACGGGCCCCUCAAAAUACCAUUGACGAAAGCGUCUGGGAAACGGUGUCUCGAGAUCUCUUUGCGGUCUGGGAGAAAAUGAAACAAGUGUUAUACCCCAAGUAUUUACUCGGUGGUAUGCUGCAGAGACAAGGCGCCGGCAUGGGCGAUGUUGAAAGUCAAGGUUUUGGUAGAGAUCUGCGAGGUCUACUCGGACGAUGGCCUGAUGCAGACGGGAUUUUGCAAGGAAGUAUGAGCGAGGGUUUACGAGAUUGGGACCUGUGGGGCCCUCUCAUAUUCUGCCUGCUGUUGAGUGUUUUCCUCUCAAUGCGUGCCAGCAAGGACCAGACCGACCUAGUCUUCUCGGGAGUAUUCUCUCUCGUGUGGAUCGGGGAGGCUGUAGUGACUCUUCAGAUCAAACUUCUGGGAGGCAACAUCUCCUUCAUGCAAUCCAUCUCCCUCAUCGGCUAUACCCUGUUCCCUCUAACCAUUGCUGCACUUCUGAGUGCCGUUGGCCUGCCGACGAUUGCCCGCAUCCCUGUCUACCUUGUCCUCGUUGCAUGGUCCCUUGCGGCAGGUGUCAGCAUCCUUGGAGGGUCGGGAGUGGUCAAGAAUCGGGUGGCACUAAGCGUAUACCCUCUGUUUGUCUUUUAUGUCGGCCUUGGGUGCCUCUGUUUUAUCAGCUAG